AUGCAAUAUCAAGCCAUCGUGACUGAGAAGGUUGUCACGGGGAGAGCUCGCCAAAGGUGGUUGGGGACGUCGAAGGUGGAGAUCGCCGUCAAGAGAACUCGGAUUCGCAGAUCAUCAUCUUCGAAUAAUCUCGACUGGUACAGCAAGCUUCGUCUUCUUCACACUUCAGAUCAUCAUCACCAUCGUCUUCUAAGCCGUGAGGAGAAAUCAAAAGUGAUUUGGAGAAGGGAAUGUGGGAAAAACGGAUCUGUAACAACGGGUCAUGGGAGUGCUAGGUGA